AUGGCGUCAUUCACAUCAACGUACCAGCGCGCUGACUACCCGGAAUCAGAACGCGUAUUCUAUGGUUCCGAGGCUGCGUUUGAUGCAAAGAAGCUCACUGCUGGCGUUCGAUGCGUCGAAUUUGGUCCGCAGUUUUACGUGGAACGUAUACCAGGUCUCGAGGUGCUGCAGAUGGAUUGCAGUGGCUGGGACUUAACCAACGCCGAUGUCAAGGUUAUUGCAUCGCGCAAUCCGCACCUUAGAGAAGUCCUUCUACACAGGGCAUUAGAAAUCACCGAUAAAGGCAUCGUUCAUAUUCUUAAGAACUGCCCUUCGAUCUCCAUAAUAAAGGUCACCGGACCCGAAAUCGCGACUGGACUUGUAACUGGAAAGUUCGCUGGGUUUCUCAACCAGCCAGCCAUAGUCGAAUCACGCACAAACCUCGAAGCCAUUUAUCUUUAUGACCAGGGAACGGAUGAGUCGAUAAUCAAAGGUAUCUCCAAGAAAUGGCGUAAUCUCCUCAUCUCCACCGGAAUCACUAUGGCAUGCGGUGAUGUAUGGUCGUUCCAUUGGCUUGGAGGCAAGCGUUUAAAAGAGGGGGAAGAAAGUACUCUUGGGGAUAUGGGAUAUCGGUUGCCAAAAGUAGAUGAAGACUUUAAAAUCCAUCCGUGGAACGUCAGCUUUUCGCGCCAAGAGCCCUCGAGAUCCGUCCAGGCCGGUGCUAGCACGUCUGACAUACCAGAAGGAGGCAAUUCCGACAAGAGUGGAGCGGGGAGUGACGGUGAGGAAGACGAAAACGGCAGCGAAGACGAUGACGAAGACGACGACGACGACGACAGCAGAGCCUGGGCAUCCGACGACAGUGAUGAUACUCUAGGUUACGAUCCUGAGGAGGAGGCAUACUUCCAUGAUAUCUACACCGGUCGUCGGUCUGUGCCAGUGUACGAACCGUACGACGCCGCUGAAGUCCCAUUCUCAAAGACGCUGUACUAUCAUUCGAAGGAAGCCUGGGGAAGGCUAUGGCCUGAGGACGUUAAGCGUACUAGCAUCCAAAGUAUACAUUUCACUGAUGAAUUCUGCGUUACUGAGUAA